GCUGCAGUACGCGUGUAUACUGUUUCCGCGCAGCAACUCGUAGUGUGCACCGUUUUUCAUCGUUCCGUGCUGAGGCCGACGACUAUAAUAAACAUAUUAUUAAUAUUAUUAUUAUUCGUCUCGCACCCCUCACCCCAUGACAAAUUGUUUCUGUUGAUCACUUUUACACAUACGGGUAAAAUCGCUACCGCCUGUCGGUCGGUCGGGCAAAAUAAGAACAACAUAUUAUAUCGAAAAUCAGCCGGACGACCGCAGCACUGCAGCAGUGAGACGAUGUGUAUAUUCGUGAACCGCGGUUUCACGACACGCGUUCGUCUGCAGUAAUACCUCCUAAUAAUAUUAUACCUCGGUAUACGCACCGGUUCGCUUCUUGUCGGUAUACCCCCGUACAAUAAUACCACCCCAUCGACAAUAAUAAUAUUAUUGUUAUUGUAACGGCGUCGCGAUCUCUCGGUCCGCGUCGACGUCCGUCGCGCGCUCAUACUAUAUUACAGUAGUCAGUAGCUCGUCGUGAUAAUAAUAAUAAUAAUAGUAAUAGUAUAAUAACAGACGGUCAGCGCGGGUCUCCCGACGGAUUUCGCGUGGAUUACACGGCCGUCACUGCGACUCGAGCAGUAGCAGCAGCAAGUCUCAUGCCGCGUCAGUCGGCCGCACUUAACUCAUUCGACAUGCGCUCAUCGACGGACGUAUUCCAUUCACCCACGACAAUGGAAAAAUGUGUAUGGAACGUAAAGAACAGGCCUUUGGUAUUUCUAUUGAUUUUACUAUUGGUCGUCUCAGUAAUAGGAGCAUUGAUUUACUUCACCACAGACAUAUUCAAUAAGCCUCAAGCAAUACAAUACGAACCAUUAAAGUUUCAACAACUUCUUAGCGGCAGCUACGAACCUAAUCUUUUCAACGGGACAUGGGUUCAAGGUGACGAAAUAUUGAUGAAAGAUGACAAAGGAGAUAUUGUACUGUUUAAUGUGAAGAAUUUAAACACGACAGUUAUAGCAAACGCUUCCACAAAAAAUGUCAAAAACAGUUUUCAAUACGAUCUUUCUGCCGACAAGCAAUUCUUGCUUUUAGCUUAUCACUACAAAAAAGUAUUCAGGCAUUCGUUUACUGCUUUUUAUGAUAUAAUUAACGUUAAAACAGGGGAACAAUUCACGUUACAAAACCAGAACUCUGCUAACGCCUGGGAUUUACAAUUAGCCAAGUGGUCACCCGUUGGUCACAGUUUAGCGAUCGUGGAUCAUAACAACGUAUAUUACAUACAAGACAUUAAUAAUCUGACGAGUACCGUACAGUUGACAUUAACGGGCGGCUCAGAAUUGUAUAAUGGCAUUCCUGACUGGGUAUACGAGGAGGAGAUAUUUAGUUCGAACAGUGCAAUGUGGUUUUCGAAGCAGGGGACCCGGGUGGCGUACGCCGCGUUCAACGACUCGUUGGUGCCCACGAUGCAAAUACCCGUGUACGGUGUUCCGGGAAAUUUGGCUUACCAGUACCCGAAUACUGUCAGUAUUCAUUACCCAAAGGUCGGCGUGCCCAACCCCACGGUUGAAUUGUUCGUGCAACGUCUGGACGUGAUUGGCGAAAAACCAGAACCCAUACCCAUCGAGCCACCAAAAGAACUAAUUUCAGUCACUAAAGAUAUUAUAUUAAAUACGGUCAUAUGGUCAGAUGAUACAAACCUAUUUGCAAUGUGGAUGAACCGAGUACAAAAUAAAUCAUACUUAGUUCAUUAUUCCGUGGUCAAUUCUGCAGAAAGUAUUAACAUAGUAGCAUUCAGUCAAUCAGGGGGAUGGUUGGAUUUCACACAAAUACCAUUGAUCGGCAACGAAAAUCGCCUGGCUAUAUUAUAUCCUGUGAAACAAUCGGACGGAAACAAUUUCAAGCACAUAGUCGUAGUGGAACCCGAUGGAAAAUUGAAUCCAAUAACGAAUGGAAAAUUCGAAAUCCUCGAACUUCUAAAAUGGGACAUACAGUCAAACUACAUUUACUAUUUGGCUAAUACAGAAGAAAAUCCCGAAGAACAGUACCUGUACCGGGUGUUAGUUAAAGAACAAAGUUCACCAGAAUGUAUGUCGUGCACGACGAAAUGUAAAUAUAAUAAAGCGGAGAUGAGCGUGGAAAACGAAUAUUAUACUCUAAUAUGCUCUGGUCCAAACGUGCCAGAAGUCAAAAUAUUUAAAACGACUGGUGAAAAAGUGUUGGAUUGGGAAACGAACGAAAACCUCAAGGACUUAAUAUCUACCAUUACUCUUCCCCGAGUAUCGUUCAUCAACGUGCCAAUCGGUAAUGACUUCAAUGCUCGCGUUCGACUUAUACUACCACCAGCCGUCGACGAAAGUGCGGAUAUCAAAUAUCCACUGUUGGUCAACACUUAUGCCGGUCCCGGAUCGAAUUUGGCACUCAACAAGUUUUCAUUGGAAUGGAACAUGUAUUUUAGUUCGAGUAAAAAUGUGAUCGUCGCUCAAAUCGACGGCCGCGGGUCAGGAAGAAGAGGCGAUAGAAAUAUGUUCUCUAACUAUCGGAAAUUGGGUACCCAUGAAAUCGAAGACCAAAUAUUCGUUGCGAGUUAUCUCCAGGAUCGAUUUUCCUUUAUUGACAAAUCGAAAACGGCAAUUUGGGGUUGGAGUUAUGGCGGUUACUCCGCUGCCAUGGCUUUAACUAAAGACAACAAAAAUGUGUUCAAAUGUGGAUUGUCCGUCGCUCCUGUUACUGACUGGAUAUACUAUGACUCAAUAUACACGGAACGCUACAUGGGCUUGCUUACAGAUGAUAUAGCAGGUUACAAAAACGCCAGUCUAUUGAAAAACGCUGAAAAACUUCGUGACAAAAAGUAUAUGGUUAUACAUGGCACGUACGACGAUAACGUUCAUUACCAACAAUCUAUGAUGCUUUCCUAUGAACUGGAACGAAGAGUAAUACUUUUCAGACAACAAACUUAUCCAGACGAAUCGCAUGGUUUAUCAAGCGUUCGCAAUCACGUGUAUCAAACAAUUGGUUCAUUUUUGUUGGAUUGUUUCCACGACAGGUUGUGAUCUCAAUAACUAUGAUUAUUAACAGACAUUGUAUUAUUUUUAAACAUUUAUUAUUGUUUUAUUUGAAUUAUCAUAAUAUUUGUCAUGUAUCAGAUUCUACGAAUCAUCAUUCAAUUGAUUUUUCAAUUCAUUUUUUGUUUAUUUUUAUUUAUUUAUUUUUUUUUUGAAUACACCUCAAACCCAAAAUGUUGUUUGUCAUUAAAAAAAUAUAUACCUACUUAAUACGUUUAAGAUGUUUUCAUAAGUUUAUUUAAUAAUUGUUUUCAUUAUCGAUAGUGUUCUACGCGUUAAUUUUUAUGUGCCAUUUAUAAAAAUCAACUACUUAAAUAUACAUUAUUGCUUUAA